AUGGCGCAAAUAGAAGAAUUACCAGGUUCAGAUGAUGAAGUCACCUAUGAUCACAAAAAUAGUAAUGUCUUCCUAGCAUUUAUAGAUACUGCAGUUAAAGAAACCGAUGAAUUGACCGUUGAAGAUACAUUUAUUGGUGGUGAACCUAUAUGGCUACAUCCUGAUUCUAUUCCUGACUCAAAACUUUUAGAAUGUAAAAACUGUCAUUCUCUUGAAAAUAUGAAACUAUUAUUACAGGCCUUUGCUCCAUUAGACGAAGAACAAAUGGAAGAGGUGCAACUGAAAUAUAAUAAGAAUGUUAAUUUAGAAUCAAUCAAUUCAAAUGACGACAGAGUUUUAUAUAUUUUUAUCUGCACUAACUGUCAAAGAAAAGAUAAAGCUAUUCGUUGUAUUAGAGGUACUAGGAAGAAUGAACAUUCUAAUGAUAUUAAUAAAAAAAUUAGUAAUGUUAUAGAUGACGAAGGAAAAGAUUUUCAAAUUAACCCCUUUGAUAUUUCCAAUAAUAAUAUGAAUAAUCCAUUUGGAAAUAAUCCAUUUCAAAGUAAUGGUAAUGAUAAUCCAUUUGCAAAUUCAAUUAACAAAAAAAAUGAUAUUAAUACAAGUGGACCAUCUACUAAGACAUUACGUAAAAUGCAUGAUGCGGAAAAAGAUAAGGAAUUCGAUAAAGACAAAAGUUUUAAAUGUUAUUUACUAUAUGUAGAAGAAGAAAAAUUUACUAAUAAACCAGAUCAUUUGAAAUUACCUAAAAAUCUAAAGAUUAACAAAGAUGCUUUAGAGUUAUCAGAAAAAAAUAUUGAAGAAGAUUUAGAGAAGGAUCCUGUUAAAGUUGAUCCAAGAACUGAAAAACUGUCGCAAUUCUUAGAUGAUGAUGUCUUUCAAAAAUUUCAAGAAAUUGUGGGAUAUAAUCCAUCUCAGGUUUUACGUUAUGAUAUUGGUGGUACACCAUUAUUUUAUUCAAAAGUAGCUAAUUUGAAAUUGUUUGAAAAUGCAAUACCUAAACCAGAUUACAAUCCAUCAAGUCGAAGAAUAUUUGAAAUGCAGCUAAUGCCAAAGAUGAUUUUAGAUUUGGAAGAAACUGUUUCAAUCAAAGAAGGUAUGGAAUGGGGUACUAUUCUAGUAUUUACUGAUAUGGAAAAUACUACCCCUCAAUUUGAUGAACAUAAUGUUGGCUAUGUUGAAGAAUUUUGUAAAAUCCAAUGGGAGUCAUUAUCUUAA